AUGGAGAAACUAAACACUGAGGACGGACAACUCUUCAUAAAGAAUCUCGCCAGCUUCGUCCGCACCCAUGAAAAGGCGCUAGCCAAUGCCCUGCAACUGAGACGCACACAAUCCGCUCAUGUCUCCUCCACAACCUCCUCCAGCUCGGGGAGUGCCCUCUCCUCGACCUCCUCGACUCUGGCGUCAGCCUUGUCUUUUGGGACAUUGAAGCUUGGCUCCCAAGGCAUCAAGCCCGCGAAACUUACCCUGACCCCCCAUCACCUGUUCUACCUACUCUCCCGCUUCGAGGAUCUCUCCAUCUCCGUCGGUCCCAUGAGUGUUCGACUGGAAAACAUCCAUAACGAUGUGUCCCAAUCCUACGUCUCCUUCCUGAACAAACCCCAACGGUCCAGGGGUGAUAGAGACUCCAUCCACUCAGUAUCAAGUGUCCGUAGUGUCAUGUCUGGUAUGAGUGCCCUCUGGUCGUCUUUCGGAAUCUCCAAAGACUCCUCGACCAAAUCCGAAAAAGCCAAGGCUGCCCUCGAAGCGGACCUCAAGUACCUCUACUCCGCUUUUACCAAGAUACCCUGUUUGCGUUUAGCCCCUGACCACCGCGCCCGUCUAAUCCGCGGUUACGAAGAAUUCCCCUUUGACACGGCUGUGCCGCUCCAUUCAUUCAAAAACCUGAGUGCGUUAGAAAUCAUUGAUAUAGACUACCGUUCCUUCUUUGGCUGGGAUCGAUUGUCGGAGCAACUGCGAACCCUGACGAUCAAGAGAGCCAACCUUGAAGACCCUGCGGACCUGCUCACUGGCAUUGUAUUGGACGAUAUCGACAAGCGCCGUCGCCGGUCAUCCAAAGCCCAGGGACACUCCCCGACGCUGAGUUCCAGUGGAAAUGGUCACUCCCAGAUGGUCCGCCCUGAGUGGUCUGGAUCCCUUUCUGUGCCAAACUCUCCGGUCGCUGAGACGGCCCUUGGAUCGAGCACGAGUCCGCAGGCGGCCUCUAUGCUCCGUGUUGGGUCAGAAGGCUCUCAGGGCCGCUCCCGCACCGAGAGCAAUUCGCCAACCCGUCCCGCCAGUUCGAGGCACUCGAUCCAGCGUCAUACCCGGCAUUCGCGGAUUAGGCGCACCGGUUCUGGUAGUUCUAAUUCUAGCGAGCACUCGGGUCAUUGUCGAAGCUCAAGCUCCUCCAAUCUUCUCCUCUCCACCACUCUCCCCUCGUCAAAAUGGCGAUUCCUCCGGCAUCUGGGACUGCCGGAUAACUCCCUGACAACCAUCAGUACCACCAGUCUUGCCCCUGUAGCGAAUACCCUGCAUUCUCUGGAUCUCUCAUCGAAUCUCUUUACCGAGGUUCCCGACAGUCUAGCAUCCCUGGUCGCAUUGCGAGCCCUAAACCUGUCGCAUUGUAUGAUUGAAUCCUUGCACUCCUUGUCCCGAAACCCUCUCCCCGCAAUCACAGCUCUCAACCUCCGUGGCAACCGUCUCCGCUCGCUCGCCGGAAUCGAACGUCUUCUUUCGUUGGAACGAUUGGAUCUGCGGGACAACCUGCUGACCGAUCCGAUGGAGAUUGCCCGACUCACCUGUCUCCCUGAAAUACGGGAGAUCUGGAUAUCGGGCAAUCCGUUUGUGAAGACGUAUUCCGGCAACCGUGUCGUUAUUUUCAACCUAUUCCGCCGUACGCCGGGUUACUCGGUCGACAUCAUUAUCGAUGGGACCAGCCCCGGAUACACGGAGAGGAAGCACUUGGUUGAACGAGUGGCGGAGCCGGAGGGCGCCCCGGUCAUCCGGACGCCUAUCGCGGACCAUUCGACGGUUGUGAGCAAGUCCCCUGGCACUGUUGUGGCACAACAAGGGCCCGUCCCGGUUGCUCGACCGGGCCAAGCACCGGAGGAAGUGCGAGGCAACGCAUGCGACGUUGGACCUCCGCGACGAAGGAGGGCCAACCGACGACGAAUCGUCGAUAUGCCCAAAGCCUCCAAAGAGAAGCCACUCAAAGAUGGCAAAAAUGAUUCAGGUACGACUGUGACUCCUGUGCUUUCUACCAUCCAGCAUGUCCAGAUACCCGAUGAACCGCGCUUUGCGGCAACCUCAGACCGUCAAUGGAAAUCUGAUGGUGGUUCCCAGGGCGGACCUCGCCAAAUCCAAUCGAACCCCGAUAGGCCUGGUGAUGCGGGCACGACGGCGCAAACGCUGCAACCGACGCGCCAUGGUGCUGAUUGGAGCAUGGAUGGGGACCACUACAUACGCCAGCUCGAGGCUCUUCGUCAGGAGGUUUGGCUCAACGCGCUUGGUGAUCGUACCUGGGAAAGCAGACCAAGGGAAGCCAGUGUGCCGCGCACUGGACCGCCUCUGGACUCGUCCACGAGGAUUCCCGCGGACACUAUUCCAAGGGCUUGCAGCAACCAGAUUAUCAUUGGCGGUGAUCGCACAUAA